AUGCAUAUUAUCAAGCCUGUCUGGCUGACGCAUGGAGGUGAACGGAAAGAUUUCGAGGUUUACAGUUGCGAUGUGUCGCCCGAUGGGAAGAGACUUGUGACCGCUGCUGGAGAUGGAUAUGUUCGCAUUUGGUCUACGGAGGCUAUCCACAAUACUGGGAACCCGGAAUUUGCGAGCAAGCCGAAGCAGCUUGCCUCGAUGAGCAAUCAUUCCGGCACGAUUCAUACGGUUCGGUUCUCGCCGAAUGGGAAAUAUCUUGCCUCAGGGGCGGACGAUAAGAUUGUCUGCGUGUACACGCUUGAUUCGAAUCCUCCGACACACUCUACUUUUGGUUCAGACGAGGCACCUCCAGUUGAGAACUGGCGCACGAUUCGGCGAUUGAUCGGACACGACAAUGAUGUUCAGGAUUUGGGAUGGUCGCAUGACUCUUCUAUCCUUGUCUCGGUUGGACUCGACUCGAAGGUCGUCGUGUGGUCGGGACAUACUUUCGAGAAGCUCAAGACGAUAGCGGUUCACCAAAGUCAUGUUAAGGGAAUCACAUUCGACCCGGCAAACAAGUAUUUUGCGACGGCUAGUGAUGAUCGCACUGUUCGCAUCUUCCGAUUCACCUCCCCUGCUCCCAACUCUACCUCCCAUGAUCAGAUGAACAAUUUCGUCUUGGAACAUACCAUCACCGCGCCAUUUGCCAACUCUCCCUUGACCGCAUACUUCCGUCGCUGUUCGUGGUCUCCAGACGGUAUGCAUAUCGCUGCUGCGAAUGCCGUUAACGGUCCAGUCAGCUCGGUUGCCAUUAUCAAUCGUGGCUCGUGGGAUGGAGAUAUCAAUCUCAUUGGCCACGAAGCACCAGUUGAGGUUUGCUCAUUCUCUCCCCGCCUGUACUCUCGGGAACCCGUGAACAAGAAUCAACCCGACAACCACCCCGUACACCAUAUUACCGUUAUUGCCUGCGCGGGUGCAGACAAGUCACUCAGUGUUUGGAUCACCAGCAACGCGCGCCCAAUUGUGGUUGCGCAAGAAAUGGCCGCCAAGUCGAUCUCAGAUUUGGCGUGGAGUCCCGAUGGAAAGUGUCUAUAUGCUACGGCUCUGGACGGCACUAUUGUGGCGGUACGCUUUGAGGAUGGCGAGCUGGGCUGGGCUACGGAGAUGGAAGAGAAUGAGAAAUCUCUUACCAAGUUUGGAACGAAUCGCAAGGGUGCUGGUAUCACAGAGACCACCGAUGGCCUGCUGCUCGAGGAGAAGAGCAAGGCUGGCGAACUCAAGGGUGUUGAGGGUCGUAUGGGGGCGCUGAUGGGUGAUGGCCAUGCAGAGCCGGCUGUCAAUGGUGUAUCAGCGCCACAGCCGUCGAAUGGCACCACCCCUGCUCGAGUCCCAUCGCCAGCUCCAGAGUCGACUAAGACUCAGACGAAUGGAACUUCCACGCCAGCCACAGAUACCGCGAAACCCGAUCCGUAUCUAGCCAAGCUGGAGAGGUUGAAGCAACGGCCGACGUACACUAAAGAAGGCAAGAAACGCAUUGCGCCGUUGCUUGUUUCCGGAGCUGGAGCGGGAGAAUCAUCACUUCCGCAAGCUCGUCUCAUGGCUUCAGUCAGCAGUCAGGUGAAAGCAGAUGCUCCUACGUCACUCGUUGACCUUUCCAAGCCAUUUGAUGGCUUGCCAAAGGGUGGUUUGACCGCUCUGCUCUUCGGAAACAAGCGCAAGCUUGCGCAGUUGGAAGGUGACGAGGAAGGACAAGUCGAGAAGCGUGUGGCCGUGGCUAGUCAGAAUGGGGCGACUCCCAUUAUGGCGAACACUAUGGAUGGACUACUCCCAGCAGUCGUCCAGCCCCCAGCCACUGGCCAACAACCAACUCCCGACUUCAUUCGACCUGCAGUCACGAACCCGUGCAUGUCGAUUAGCCAGGUUCGACUGGCAGUACCCAAGAUUCGCAGUCACAUCCUGCGUGCACUUGACCCUAACGGAAAACCUACCGAGCCACCUGCCCAAGCAGGUGACUCAAAUUCAAAAGACAAGGGUCGUAUCGACGUUGUCUUUGAAGCACGGAAUCCUUCACCUGCUAGUCUGACUGGGCGGGCAGUGGAUCGUGAGCCAGUUCGUCUUACCCUCUUCCGCGGUGAGCAGCCAGUGUGGCAAGACUUUUUGCCCAAGUCAGUGCUCCUCGUCACUGGUAAUCAAAAUUUGUGGGCAGCUGCCUGUGAAGACGGUUCUAUCUACCUCUGGACACCGGCAGGCCGCCGCUUGGUAAGCGCACUGGUUCUUGAAGCACAACCUGUUAUUCUGGAGUGUAACGGUCCCUGGAUUCUCUGUAUUUCUUCCGUGGGAAUGUGCUAUGUCUGGAACGUGAAGCACCUAUCCUCUCCUCACCCACCUGUAUCCCUCCAGCCCGUUCUCGAUGCAGCUAUUCACACCCUCGGCGGAAAUCCCACCGCCGCACCCGCCGUCACCGAUGCGCGUAUCAACUCUGAAGGAAGGAUAGUUGUAUCGCUGACAAACGGUGAGGGUUACUCCUACUCACCAGCUAUGUACACAUGGCAACGCGUCUCAGAGGCCUGGUGGGCCGUCGGCAGCCAGUACUGGAACUCGACUGAUGCACCAGUGGGCAACCUGCAAGCCAGGGAAGCCAACCAAGAUACCAAGGAUGCCAAAGCAGCUGUCUCAGCUGGUAUAAUUCCCUUCCUGGAGCGCAACACCACCAACGAAACCCUUCUCCGUGGCCGUGCGUACUUCCUCCAACGCCUUAUCAAGGUCUUGCUCUCGCGCGAGGGCUACGAGACUUUCGAGUCUAGCGUCUCUAUUGCGCAUCUCGAGAACCGCAUGGCGGCUGCUUUGUCUCUAGGUGCUAAGGAAGAAUUCCGGCUGUAUCUGAACAUGUAUGCCAAGCGCAUCGGUGCGGAAGGCUUGAAGGGUAAAGUUGAGGAGUUGCUGAAGGGGCUGAUUGGUGGAUUGUUUGAUGAUGAAGAUGGAUCGGAGACUGUUUCAAAAUUGCAGGCUAAUGAGCGCGAGGGUCGUAACUGGCGUGAGGGAUCGGAUGACUUGUGUGGCUGGCCACGGGAGACCUUGUUGAAGGAGGUCAUUCUUGCUCUCGGUAAAUAUCGCGAACUCCAGCGCGUCACAGUACCCUACGCCAAACUCCUGGACAUGGUCGAUACGACGUCCGAAGCUGGUGACGCGAUGGAUCUAUAA